AUGACGAGCACUUGGUGGAAAAGCGGAGCCGGCGGUGAACGGGGCCGCAGCCACGACAACACCUCCAGCGCGUCCGUGACGCAUCCCCCGUCUUCGCUGCUGGAAGACAACCCCACCAGCGCCAUCACGGCUUCUAGCGUCAGGACUAAGCGGCGCGUGCAGGCCACUGAAGGCCCAGCGUGGAGAGCGACCUCGGCAGCUUCGCAGCUCGAUGCCGUCGCAAUUAGUCGCUCCAGUGGAUUCUGCUUUGCGCCGCGGGGAUUUUUAGGUUGUGGGGGCCCAACUACGGCCACCGCCGCCGCCGCCGCCGCCACCGCCGCCGCGCUGCGGCCCAAGCUGCUC